CGCGACACAAUGUUCGAUCGAUCGAUGGAGCAAGGAAGAUCGGGUGUGAAUCAGGCGGUAGCGCGCACGAUGAAAUUCUCCGGAUCGUCGUCAUCGUUGCCUGCGAAUGAAAGGAAUCAAAGUACGCCGUCAAGGUUGCUGGGUUCAUAUGCAGGCAGCAGCAGUAUGACGAUGGGGCUGGACCGUACACUCAGUACACCACCGGUUGCUGAAUCGACACACAUCGGUAGCACAAGUUUUAGUUCGGCGUGGAACGGUACCGGGUAUGGUGGACAGUCCAAACGGAGGCCCACCUCGCCGUUAAUGAACAAUAGGACACUGUUCAAAAGUAGUAGCAAUUUGACGGGAAUUGGUCGUGCUAAUUCACGCGUUCUGACCGAUGCACAAAGUCCAGGUUUGGUGAAUCGAUUGGUGCGUUAUUACGAUCGAAGCCAACAGUCCCAGACGAUGAAUCGUUCCCAGUCUCUAUCGAGCGUGUACAACAAACCGGGCCAAUUUCCGCUGGUUCAGCUGCGCAAGAAUGAGCUGCGGUACGCGAACAAAGACGCGAUCCGUCGGAAUGGGAACUUUGGCAUGGUCCGGAUAGCACCACCAGAACGAUCGCUCUUUCACACGAACAAGCGUAGCACGAUUUUUCGCAGCGGUUCGAUGCUCCUACCGACUACCAACGAAUCCAAGGCAGGCGAAACGACACUGUUUGCGGGCUUGGGCACGGCACGAAAUGGGCCGCCCAACGUUAGCAAUAGUGUCGGGAGCGGUGGUGGUGGUGGUGAUGAGGCGGACGUUGAAAAUCGUGUUAUCACACCGUGCGCCGAGCUGGAAGCGACACCGACCCGCAGCGUGCUCGAUGCGCUGAAGGAAAUAUCCCGGAAGCGUAUCAAUAGCGAGGAACUGGACGCGGAUCGUAUCAAGAAGCAAUGUCAGGAACUGUCGGAACUUGAUGCGGCCGGCAGUGGCCCACCAUCGGCGACCGCUGCCGUUGCCAUCGGAACGCACGGACUGGCUACGAAGCGAACCCGUGAACAGGCGUCGGAAAGCAGUCCAUCCUCACCCUCCUCGGAACAAGGACCCGGACUGGGAGGUGUGGGUCGUGUUGUUCAUUCGGGUGGCGAGCAGCAAUCGCAAAAGAAACGACUUUGCAUCAAAAACAAUGAUAUCCUCAGUUCGCUCAGCUCGAGUCUGGUAGCGAUGAACACACCGAAGCGUACCAUUUCCCAGCGCCCGGACCGACGGUUUAACGUGAAUCAGGCAACCUCGAUAAAUAUGUCAUCGCCGGCUAUUGGAUCAGUGCCAAGCUCCUCUUCCACCCUGAUCGGGCUUGCUACACCGGAGAAGUUUUCAAACAUGGCGCUCAACACACCACCGGGAUCGCUGGAGCGCAGUGAUAGUCCAAAAGCAUCCAAACCGGGCACAAAUUUGGACCGCUGGAACAAACCGCUGGUGCGCGGCGCAAGUAGAGAACCGAUCGAACAGCAACUUCCGCAUCGUCCCCCACCAAAGAUAACACUCUUCAAUCGGCCGUACGAAACAUCACAGCCAUCGGCGUCGGAUAAAACCAGCUCACCGUCUACAAGGGGCAGCAGCCGCAUAAUAGCGAGCGAUGGUGAGGAGGACGAACAUGGCGAAGGAAGCGGAAAGGUUCAGUUUGUGAAGCCGAAGGAAAAAUCGCCCAACGAUGUGAGUUUGUCGCGGACGGGUGGAUUUGGUUCAUCGCGCGAUCCACUCAAGAAACCGGCUCCAUCCAAGCUGACGGUGAUGCUGAAAUGUUUGAGCGGAGAUUUGGACGACUAUGAGGAGGAGGAGGAAGUGCAGGAAGUGCAACAGGCACCACCACUAGCUGCUACUACUACAAUCACACCGUCGUCACGCAUCGGGUUCAGUUUCGCACCCGCAAAGGAUACCGUUGAUACAUCCAAACAACUUCCGACGAGUGUCGCUUCGAAACCGAACACUGGAACGGUGGCAGAGGUGACGACUUCUGCCAGCCCUUCUGCUCCUUCAUCCACGGUCAGCAAUGGAUUAUCGGCAUUGAUAAAUAAUCCCAUCAAAGAUACCGGGUUGGGAAAGAUCGCUUCACCAGCAGCACCACCAUCCAAGGAGCCUACCACAGAAACGAGCUCAGACGCGAAACUGAGCGAAGCUAAAAUGGACGCCAAAGUAACGCAGGCCCCAACGGUGGACCCGGUCCCAAAAUCACCAACGUUUUCAUUUGGCACGCCAACGCCGCCAUCCAGUACAGCGCCACCAAGUUCCGGAUUUGCGUUACCAGUAAAGCCUUCAACCACCACCACAACUACAACAAGUACACAGAGCAGCAUGGUCCCAACCGCAACGUUCUCGUUUGGUACACCGAUACAAAAGUCAACCAGUUCACUCGCCGCUCUGAGCAACUCCAAUUUGAUUUCCUUCUCACCGGCGACGGCGAAACUUCCAACACCGGUGCUCCAGUUCGGUGGUAGUCCAGUGUCGGCAGCAUCCACGACGACGAUCGCAACAGCAACCAGUACGCCUAUGUUUUCCUUCACCGGUGGAACUUCUACAACAACGACAGCAGCAGUAACAACAGCAACCGCCACGUCAACAUUAGCAUCUAGCGUAACUUCACCCACUUUCGGAGCUGGAACUACCUUUGGAGGUUUCAAACUAUCUUCAUCAUCGGUAACGUUGGCAACGACUUCAUCAUCAGCGCAAGUACUCAGCAACACUGCAGUAGCUACUACUACGGUGACAACGCUCACACCAAUAUCAACCGCCCUGGCAAUGGCAACACCCGCCUUUAGCUUCGGUUUUAAUGCGGCUAGCAAACCUGCCGCUAGUACUUCCGCGACAAUCCCAACGUUUGGUUCUGGAUCAUUAUUUACCACCAGUACGGCGGGUGCUUCUACGACCACUACUACAGCGGCCGGUAGUACUUUCACGUUUGGCACCGUUACCACUACACCGAAAUCGUCAUCUUCCGCCACCAGCAGUCCGUUUACGUUUGGGACCAAAGCUGCUAGUCCUACGGUGGUGACUGGUACAGCCAGCGUUACAUCCUCCAUCGCGCCUACAACAACAUUCCCGACGUUCGGUUCUCUGGCUGGCAGUACUACUGGCCCUACAACAGCAGCAGCAGCAGCUGCAACAGCACCAGUUCCGAAUGCUAGCGCCACCAACACAUCAACGACUACAGCAUCCCAACCGUUCAUGUUUGGAGGUGUUAAACCGGCAGCAACCGGCACUACAUCCGCAAACAUAUUCGGUUCCGCUGCCACAAACGCUACCAACAGUAGUGUAUCCGGAGCGGAUGCCGUUAAGACGAACCUGUUUGCUGCCCAACCACAACAACCAAAUGCUGGCAACAUUUUUGGGUCUGUUGGUACUGGUGGACAACCGUCAGCAACCAAUCCAACCGGAGGACCAACCUCCAUCUUUGGUGCCGCCGUUUCCGGUACGACAGCAACCGCAGCAGGAUCAUCCGGUUCAUCGCCGUUUACAUUCGGUGCCGGUACAGCAGCAACCGCGUCACCAAUUAGUUCGACGAAUACCGUAGGCAUCGCUAACAAUAAUACUCUUGGUACGGGAAAUGCAAUCUUUGGAAAUGGGGGGCCUCAAGCCAAUGCUCCUGCGGCUGGAAUUUUCACAUUCGGUUCUACUAAACCCGCGCAACCUGCAGCGUCAGGCGUGCAAAAUACGGCUACUCCAGUACAGCAACAGCCGGGUCCAACAAACUCGAUUGUACCAACGUUCGGUAGCAACUCCACCAACUCGUCGCCAUUUACGUUCGGUGCCGUUGCGAGCAAACCAGCCGCUCCGGGAACGGGAAUUUUCGGUUCGAUUUCUUCCACGCCAAACAACAACAACAAUCCUUCCGGAGGACCGGUCAACAACAAUUCCACUCCAGCAGUGCCCACUUUCGGUGCCAACGCUAUGAACGGUGGGCCAAACGGAUUACCGGCGUUCGGUGGCGGAUCCAUUUUUGGCAGUGCCAAUUCAGCCGGAUCUUCCGGAGCUGGAAACGCGACCAAUGCGCCACCUUCGGCCAGUUCUAUCUUUGGAACGCAAACCAACGGACCUCAGAAUGUGGCAAACAACAACAGCAACGCAUCGGGAACUGCGGCACCAGCGGCAUCCGGUGGGUUGUUCACGUUUGGAGCAAACACUAAUGCGUCCAACAACACGUUCGGUGGAUUUAAUGCCCAGGGAGGACUAACCAAUGGUAUCGGAACGGGUGGACCGAACAAACCGUUCACAUUCGGUGCGAACAAUCCGGGAACGGUGACACAAAACAAUGUAACAAACACGCCACAAGGCACAACAUCCGGUGCACCAAGCGGCUUUAACUUUAACCUUGGGUCGAAUGCGGCGAAACCGUUUAACUUUACCGGUGGCAUCAACACGAACGGAAGUGUCGUCUCCUCACCGCCCAUGUUUGGUUCACCGGUAGUAACGGGGAAUACGAAUCCACCUUCCGGAAAUGCGGCACCCUUCACAUUCGGUGCGAUGGUUAAUGGAGCCGGCAAUAACGCCAACGCAACGCCCGGUCCAUUCACGUUCGGUGCAUCCGGCGCAGCACAGGCACCGGUCGCUGGUGCUGGAGGUGGUGGCGGUGUAUCGUCACCGUUUAAUUUCUCCGCCGGUAAUGUUGCGGCCGUUGCACCACAACCACAGCAACAGCAGCCCGGAGCAGCGUUCAACUUUGGUGGCCAGCAGCAGCAGCAGCAACAGCAACCGUUUGGGAUGGGUGGCGUUACGCCGGCAUUCGGUGCACCACCCGCCUUCGGUGCACCGGGUGGUGUUGUGCCCGGUGGCGUGAUGCCAACGUUCAGCAUUGGCACGAACUCGACACCGAACGGACCGCCCGCUACACAACGGCGCAUCAAAGUUGCAACGAGGCGUGUUAAGUGACCGUAA